CAACAAUUGAAUGACCUUAGGACCUUCCAUAAUCGGAUGACCUGUCAUCAAGCAAACCUUUCGCUCUAACCAUCACUCAUGGAGAAGGACGCAGACGGUUUUUAUACUCCAAAACUCGAAGGUUCCGCACCACUUGCACAGGAUGAAAGCAAAGACGCGAAGGAAGCGGAACAGCAGCCUGAGCCUGCUCCAUCUUCUACCAGAACCGACUUGAUUGCGUCCACGUUCGAAGUCACGGUCACACUUGCAGACCAGCAGGCCGACCCGAAUUCUCCUUUAUUUAGUGCCAAGACAUUCGAGGAGCUUGGACUCCAUCAAGAUUUAUUGAAGGGUCUCUAUGAUCUUGGUUUCUCGAAGCCGUCGAAGAUCCAAGAGCGUGCUCUGCCCCUACUGCUCUCAAACCCUCCUCAGAACAUGAUUGGACAAUCGCAAUCUGGCACAGGCAAGACAGCCGCAUUCGUGCUUACCAUGUUGAGUCGUAUAGAUUUUUCCAAGAACAAGACACAGGCACUAUGUCUAGCUCCUUCACGAGAACUUGCACGUCAGAUUAUGUCUGUUGUCGUUGCGAUGGGCAAAUUUACUCCAGUUCAGACGGAGUACGCAAUAAAGGAUAACCUUCCUAAGGGCGCAUCACGGAUAACUGCACAUAUUGUCGUCGGGACCCCGGGAACGAUGACGGAUCUCCUAAGAAGAAAGGUUAUCGAUACAUCUGAAGUUAAGGUGUUUGUUCUCGAUGAAGCGGAUAACAUGCUUGACCAGGACGGACUUGGUGACCAGACCCUGCGGGUGAAGAACCUCAUUCCCCGAUCAGGCGUUCAAAUUAUCCUAUUUUCUGCAACAUUCCCCGAUCACGUUCGCAAUUUCGCUAGUAAAUUCGCUCCCAGUGCGAACAAGAUCGAACUUCAGAGGGAGGAGCUUUCUGUGGAGGGCAUCCGGCAAUUUUAUAUGGAUUGCAGAAAUGAGGAUCAUAAAUACGAUAUCCUCGUGUCCCUAUAUCAACUUUUGACGAUCGGUCAAAGUAUCAUCUUCUGCCAGCACCGCCAUACGGCAGACAGAAUAUCACAACGCAUGUCAGCUGAAGGUCACAAGGUGGCAUCACUUCAUGGUGCCAAGGACGCCGCAGAACGUGACGCUAUUAUUGACAACUUCCGUGAAGGACGCGAAAAAGUCCUUAUCACGACGAACGUCAUCGCGCGUGGCAUUGACAUCAUGCAGGUCAACAUGGUAGUGAAUUACGACCUGCCAUUGAUGAAUGAGCGGGGAAAUCAACACUCCAAUGACGCAAAACCCGACGUUGAGACGUACAUUCACCGUAUUGGCCGCACAGGUCGUUUCGGACGCAAGGGGAUUUCAGUCAACUUCGUCCACGACAGCCGGACUUGGGCACAGAUGGAGGAGAUUGAAAAGACACUAAACAAGAAGAUCAUCCGAAUAGAGACUAACGAUCUCGAGGAGAUGGAAGAGAAAAUGAAGAAGGCGUUAAAGUAAUUUGCGCUUUUGUAUCUGGAUGUGGAUUCUCUGUUGUAUCACGUUAUAUCGCCUUGCGACCUCGCAUCAAUCGGACAUGUCCUCGUGGCCGGUAUCGUCACGUUCGAUUGGAAGUUUCAAUUGUGUGCAGUCUUGUAUCGUAAUUUCUGGAU